AUGACACUUGCGGCACUCUUUAUAUCGACGACGAAACUCGCCGGAAUUCUGGUUUUCGUCACCGUCGCCACCAAUGCCUUUUCCUUCUCCCGGUUCCAAAAAAAGAACUUGAAGCCUUUUCGUUCUUCUAUCGACGAGUCUUCCGAUAUUCUUGCCGUAUUCAACGUCAAUCCGACCACCGUGACGAUCUUGGAGUUGCUGGAGAGUUCGGAAACGACGCCGUCGAUCGCGGGGAUGCAAAACAAUGACGACAACCGUACAAUUCGGAGGAGACCAGCCACCGCUGUUGAGAAAAUACCGGGGUCUGAUUUUAAUGCGGUAAAUGAAGACUCGGAGAAUAUUGAUGAGAUCAGAAAUGGUUGUGGUGGUGUCGUGGAAUCAGAGGAGAGUGAAGAGUUGAUAAAUAACAAGGAGGUGGAGGAUAAAAAAAUCAAAGAGAAUGGAGAGAGUAGUAAAGGGAUGGAGGCAUCCGCCGUGAAAUUCUCUUACCGGCCAUCAGUACCAGCUCACUGA